UUAAGUGAACAGAAAUGUAUUCGUAUUAGUUAGUCAGUUUGGUUGGGCAAUAACAGACGUUAAAUAUCGCUAUCAUUAUCAAAAUAAUCGUUGAAACGUUGGUCUUGCACCUAAGUUUUAUACACAUACAAUAAAAAAUCACGGAAGACAGAAAAUAGGUGGAGAUCGCCAACACAUCCCCUAUACUUGUUAUACUCUUUGGCCAACACCACCUAGUAUUGCGACCGCAGUCGGCACAAUCGAAUAAUUUUAAAAACUGAACAUGUCAAAAUAUUGUUUGGCAAAACCUGUCAUGGUAUUUUUGUCAAUUGUCAUUUAAAAUAAAUACGAAAAAAUGCUGAAAUCUCAUUUUAAUUUGGUUGGGACUGACAGUGAAUCAGAGGAGGAAGUAAUUGAGGCGGAGGUAAUAGAGGAGUCGGUGGAAGAAGAGCUCCCUCCGAGACUACUCCAGAGGUCUGAAGUUUGCACCCGACUGAGUAUGCUGGGCAAGACUGCGUCCGGUGACGGGUAUACAUUCUUAAAAUGCAAACUAGUAGGAAUGAGGAUGACAAGUAUCGACGCUAUAAAGUGUUACAAACACAUAAUGUUCCUGGAUGUUUCCAAUAACUACCUAGACUUACAUGCGCUUCAAGUUAUCACACAGCUACCGAACUUAAUACUCAUACACGCUGACGAGAACAGACUCACCUCCGCAGGACUGAAGCAAAUGAGAUACUUGCAAGUCAUCAUUUUUAACAACAAUCAAAUCACAUCUUUGGAGGACGUGUUCCAAGAACAAUUGAGCACGUUGGAGCUUGGAUUCAAUAAACUAACAAAAAUAGAUUUCAAGCCCAAAAUGCCAACUAUGAGAGUUUUAGAUUUACGAAAUAAUUUAAUAACGGAAAUCCCACCUUUAGAAUUUCCUAGAUUGGACAGUUUGUAUCUAGCAGGGAAUAAAAUUAAGACUCUAACUGGUAUAGAGCUUCUAGUCAAUUUGAGAGUAUUACAUGUGCGGAAUAAUCCGAUUAGGUACCUGGACGGAUUUAAUGAGAAUCAGACGAAGCUUCAAUACAUCAAUUUGAGGAACUGUCGUGUCACUACACUGAGACAAGUGAAGAAGAUGAAGGUUCUUAAAGCACUUGACACCAUCGUUUUGACGGGAUGUCCUUAUAUGGGAGGAGCGGGUGAAGAGGAUCCAGAGAAUAAAGAGGAAGAGGACGAUCCUCAAAUCAGAGUCGAGUUGGUGGCGACAAUGCCGCGACUGAAGAGAAUCAAUAAGACCGCUGUUACGUCCGAGGAAAGAGAGGAGAGUAAAGAGCUGCUGAUACAGUGGGCGGAAGAAGGUGAAAAGGACGAGGAAGAAAUUGAGAACGAACAGCAACAAGGAGAGGAAGAAAUCUCUAAUGCUGAGGAUUGAAUGUCAUUUCAUUCUAAUAGGGUAGAUAGAUGAUUCAUUUUUAAUGUCCGUUUUAUUAUUUUAAAACAUAAGAUA